UGUAGGCCCAUGAAACAUCCACCGCGACCAAGCUGUUUUAAAGGCAAGGUCAACCCACCCCUUUGUGCGUUCUCAUCAAGACACUCAGGCCAAAAGGUUUAUACUUCGAAGAGGGAAGCUUUUCUUUGAGAAUUUGUUUCGUUCCUUUCAUUUCAGUCUCCACAUUUCUUUCUUCCCUUGUUCGAUUCUUAUUUUCGAAGGUUGCUCCUGGUUGUGCUGCCUCGUUACUUUUAUUCGCCAUCUUUUCUACUUAGAUAUCUUUUCAGUACUAGAAAAGAGAUAUCAAACGGUCCUUCGUCAAGCAAAAUCAUCAUACACAGUCGCAAUGCAGAUCAAUCCCGCACCGCUCCACAUGGCCCAGGCCAUCAUCAUGGGACUAUCGGCCGCGAUGAGCGUCGCCAUAUUGGGAACAGCUGCACACACUCUUGACGUGUUCAACAAGCAACAAUCGUCAAACCCAUGGUGGCUUCCUCUCUGGCCUCAGCACUUUGAUGUGAACGGCGCCAAAGCCCUGGUUGGAUCUGCAGUCACGACACUUGUACUCUGCUCGGCCUUCUUGGUCGUCGCUCUCGUCCCAUAUUUCAACCUCGCGAACAAACACACUCUCCGAGCCCUUCUGGCUCUCGGCACCACCUUGCCGUCUACUCUCGUUACUCUCGUCACCGUCAUCUAUGCACACAUCCUCAACCACAAUGCUCCCGAACUCGACAGCAUUCAGACAUGGACAUGCAAGUACAAGAACAGCCAGCCGAUUGAAGAGGAUAUUUCCCUGCCGAAGGGCAUGGGGAACGGCAACUUCGGUUCACUAUGCAGGGAGAGCAAAUUCGCACUGUACGGCACUCUUGUUGUAUUCUUGUUGCUGAGUGCUUCUAUGGGUCUCGCCAUCGUCACUUGGCUUGCCGACAAAUGGGCUGCAAGGAAGACUCGCAAGGAGAUGGACGCCAACGGCAAUGCGAUUAGCAUGAGCUAGAGCUGAAGGGACAAUUCGACUAUAGCGAGCAGAACCACCAAGCUUGAAAGAGAAAGGAUCUCUGGAGUGUCAGCAUUGUACUGUACAUUAGGUUCUUUUAGGGAUGUUUUGUAAUGAGAGGUAAACCAUCUCUUCAUACCCCAGCAGUUAGUUCAGCUCCGGGAUGGUAUGAAUCAGAGAACCU